GUCCGCGUUCAGUCUACACAACCCUCGAAGUCACACCGAGCACCUGCUUUGCAAGAUGUCCACCUGCGCACGGGUCGUUGGAGCCGCGGGACACGUGACCGACAAUACUUCCAGCGCUCCUUCCUCACCAUUCGGCUCGCCCGUUGCCGCACUCUUGAGGCCAUCGUUUCUUAUCAGUCCUCUAGUCUCACUACCAGCCUUGUGAUCUCGCUGCCUCCUUCAGCCAUCUGCCAUGGCUUCACUGCGCCCAGUCAUGACAACGGUGGACACCAUCACUCCCGCACGCCGCAAGGCGACCGGUGAUAUCCGCCAGAAAGGGCCGCAGCCUUCCAAAGCGAAGCUAUCCGUUUCUGCUGCCAGUGUCUUCCAUCGCCACCCGGUCAAAUCCAUAAAUACAUCUACUUCGAAGACAGGUCCGAAUGGUGGGGUCGUGGGCUGGCCUCAACGCGGAGAGGGGAAUGGAGACGUGCUGCCUGGCAAGCAGAAUGCACGCGGCUCUGCUCAGCAUCCUCUUGCUGUCUCAUUCAAUGAGGCUACCGAAGAUUAUCGCACGGCUGUCUACAAUGCUGUGGCCUCGAAGAUAAAUGAGACGCAUGAUGCACUCGUUGAGCAACUGCAUAGCUCCAACAUAUUGCCCGUCGAAGACCUAGACGGAGAUUAUGCUUCCUCCUCUUCCCUCAACCUGACACGAGCGACGCAUCUUGUGCGUGAGAUUGAAUACCUGUAUCUUCCGCUGGGCACCACGACUCUGAAUUUCACACACCAGGGCGAGGACGGCGAACGUUCAACCAUAAAAAUGAGCCUUGACGAACGUCUCACCUUAUUCGAAGAACAUGUCAGAACGGAGGAGAAAGAGACCAUGAUGCUACAAACUCAGUGGGAAAGGGUGCUUGGCGAGAUCUGGAAUUGCGGAGUGCAGCUGCUGGGGAAUGAGAGGAUGAGUGAGCUUCUCCACAGCGAGAAGGAUCCACCACUUCACGGAGAGCCAUCACUGUUUGUCCCAGAGGAAGGAGACUGCCCGCAACCACCAAUCAAGGAGCGGGAAAAGGACAAGAAGCGUGUGUCAUUCCACCCCUGCAGCACAGAGCCUCUUCCGACGUUUCUCAAUCACCCGCCGACCGCGGCACGAAUUUUGCCUCACUCUCCGGAAGCACCUGUUCAAGAAGUGAAAUCGCUGGAAGGAAACAUCGACAGCUUGGGCGCGGAACAGAUGAAGGAGUUGGAACGCUUGGCUCAUGACCAGGGGAAAUGGUUUGAAGCCAAGAUCAAGCAGCUGGUAGCUGUCUGGAAGGCAGAGAUCUGAUAUCUAGCUGUCGUUCUUGCAAGGCAAGAUACCAAUGCUCGCACAUGAAAAAAAGCAUCUGUCUUUACUAUAUAUUUCACCACUUACCAUGCGGCUUGUUCGCCGCGACAUGACUAAUGUGCGUUGCAGUGUGGUGUAUGGCACACGCCAUCCCGGUCCUACUUUUUGCGAACCCUGAAGCUCGAGAGUGGUGUCACAACAUGAUUUCGAA